UCCCAAACUGGCAGUGUCGGGAACCCCCUCCCCAUUAAAUUGAUCUUCUUUAGCUCGCGGGUGCGUUCACUCAUUUCCGCUUUCUUCGUAGCUUUUCAUACUCCACCCUUUCUCUUUUCAAAGCCAUGGGAGAUAGCCAGUACUCGUUUUCUCUCACCACUUUCAGUCCUUCUGGGAAGCUCGUUCAGAUCGAAUAUGCCUUAAUGGCCGUCGGUUCUGGCCAGACAUCUCUAGGGAUUAAAGCUGCAAAUGGUGUUGUUAUUGCUACAGAGAAGAAAUUACCAUCGAUCUUAGUAGAUGAAAUAUCUGUUCAAAAGAUUCAGCUUUUGACCCCAAAUAUUGGAGUUGUUUACAGGUUGAUUUCUAUACUCCUUGCCACUAAUUAAUAAUCAGGAGGGUCAACUCCAAUGCUUAUAUUGAUGCCAUAGGUCCAAAUGCACAUAACAUCUUGGCUGAUAAGAAUAAGAAAUAUUUGAGUUUGCAAUUCACUUCAAUGUUAUAUUCACUUAUGAAUGUUAUCCUUUUUUGCCAUAUGUGUUGGCAAUAGGCUCUUCGCUUUUUUAGGGAAGGAAUUUGAGUAUUUUUUCAUUGAAGUUACAGUGCAUCAGUAGUUAACAUAUGCCAUGAACUUGUGAUCAAAGUGAUAUAUUUAUGGAGUCUGUUGGUGUACCAAUGUUUUUAAUUACAUAAUAUUUGCUUGGAAAAUUUUCCCUUUCCCAAUUCAGCAUGUUAUGUUUCACCCUUAGGUAUUUGGUUUGAUCCCAACUCCCAAGUAAGUUGAAGCAAUGGAAGAAAAAAGGCCAGAUAUCCUUAGAUAUGUCGUGAGACACUACCAAAUAUUGUGAUGUUUCUUCCUUGCAGCUCAUACACCAACUUUCUUUCUCGGCUGUGCAAAUUGGUAACCGUUAUGAUUUUGUCAAGUGCCAAAACCCAAACAAAGGAUCCACUCCUUAAUAGAAGGGGGCAGGUUUACCCCAUGUUUUUUUUAGUGGAGAGACAUCCUCCCUUUUUGCUACUGGUGACCGAUAGAAGAAUUUGAUUUUGAGUUCCCCAUAGUUUGAUUCCUUCCAAGUCAUCAUUCAGAAUUAUUUUAGUCUAUUCUAAUUGAUUUUUUUUUUCUUUUAUCAUCACCACAUCUUUCAUACUAGUGGUUGCUUGAUCUGCUUUUACUAGGUAAUAGUUGCUUUAGGGCUGUGAUUGCUGUCGUGAACGAAUCAAAUAAAACCCUAACUAACAAUGAGAUAGUGGUAAGAAGGGGUUGAACCCCAAGAGAAUUGAAAGCUAAAUUUACUAAAAUUGGUGUGAAUGUUGUUUUGAAAAUCAAAUUACAAAAUUAAGACUAAAUUAACGACUAAUUAACAAAACUGAGAAUUUAUGAAAAGAACAACCUUUAGGUUUCGAAUCUCCAUUGACAUGAUUAUUUAACUCUGAUGCAUACUCCGGUUUAUUAAAACUACAAGUCUAAUGCGACCACAGAAUGAUAAUUCCGGUUCAUUCUAGGUAUAUCCUAUCUUGCCGAGCACCAUCUUCUUUCUCAUAUGCUUAGCACACUUAGUUCGGUCUGUUAAAGGCUAUCAUCGAUAAGAUUGAAAUGUCGAUAAAAACUAUUGUUUGAAUAGAAAAUAUAAAUCAUAGAAGCACAUUCUCUAAACUAAAUAAUUCAAUUAAAAUCAUCAACAAAGGGAUGGAGCCUCAAGCAAUUAAGUAUGCUUAAACCAGAAAUUAAAUAACAAUAAUCAAUGGUUUAUUUACACCUAAAGACAAAGAGAACUUAGCCACUCAUGGUGCGAAUCAGUGAAGGGCAGCAAUGAUAGUGUUCUUCCAUGGAGACACAAAUAGGUGGCGAUGCGGCACGAUGCGAUGGUGGUGAUGGAACCUUGGUGUGAUGGCAAUGAUCUUUGCGCAUUGAUGUCGAGGAAAAUCCGUCCAGAAGAAGGUGUGAUCCAAGAAGGGAGAACUGUGGAAAAAGGAGGGAAAAACCAGAGCCGAAAUUAAUGAGAGAGAGGCUUGAGAUAAAAGGUGGUUUUAGAACUAUGAGUGGGAGAUCAUAUAAGAGGGGCAAUAUAGGUGAGAGAUCAAAACCGUGGGUAGGGGGAGAUAAAAUAGGAGAGAGGUGGAUUGGUGUGGAUGGGGGAGAGUUUAGUACAAA